ACAUUGUGUUCGUUCAACAUGGCAGCGUGCGAGCUGAAGGGAGAGCUGAAAUACAGAGAUGGACAGACGAACCAGUUUACAGCACAAGUGGAUGGCAAUUUGAAAUCAAUAAUAGGUGGCAUUAAGAAAAUAAAUGGCGACAUUUCAGAAGCCUUAACGACACUCGUUGAACAAGAAAAAGGCUCAACGGGAAAUGACAGAGAGAGUGUUAAUGAUGAUGAGGAAGAGGACAGCGAUGAUGAUGAUGGCAGUGCCACAAAAACCACCACCAUCACCAAGUCAAGCUCAGAACCUCCAAGCAAGAAGAUGAAAACUUUACGUUCAUGAUAAGCAGAACUCACAUUAAUCAGGCCUUUUUGCAUACAGAGUUAAUGUUGCCCUCCUCCUUAAAAAAUCUACUUUUAUCCGCUAGUGACUUCAAGACAGUGUUGAGAUUUUGCCUUAUUUUGUUUCCAUUCUGCAAGUUAUUUUACAUAAAUUUAGGUCCCUCCAAAAGGGAAACAAUUUCAUCGUUGCAUUUUUUGUCCUGUUGUAAAAAGUUAAACAUUGACAGCAGUUAUCAGAACUUCAGCACACAAUAAUAAAAUCAUUGUGCAAUAAACUGGAUUCAAACCGUC